GCUAUCAACUAUUCAUGGAGAUAGCUCUCUGGUUAUUCUCUGUUAUUCUCGUGUUUCAAUUCAAUAAUUUACCUCGAUUAGCUAUCGCAAAUUGUGAAGAUGAACUUACGCCAAUUGACCUACUCGGAGUUCGCUGUGAAUGUGCCCACGCCCAGGGCCCGUCGCAUGCAAGCCGAUCGCCUGGCCAACGAUCUGUUGCGCCACGAGGAGCAGGUCUCACAAAAUCUCUCCGAGCUGCGCGCGCCCACCUACAGUGAGUUCAGAAAGCUGGUCCAUGGCAUUCACGGCAAGAGCAGCACGGGCCUUCAGACGCGACAACUGAAUGUCUAUGAGAGCUUCAAGGAUCUGCAUCGCCGCCGACUGGAUCGGAAUGUGCUGGAGAAUGUCGAGUCGGAGAUAACCUCGCAACUGAAACUAAAUAACACGACCAAUCGGAUGGACUUCAAUAGCAUGUACAAUGUCCUGGAGAUGAAGCAGAAUAUCCUACGCAGCAAUCUCUCGCUGCUGUGCCGCUUAAAUGAAAUUUACAGGGUAAGGGGCUACUUGGACAGUUUCACUCGCGAGUUCCGUUCGCCCAAACAAAAUAACGUGAUGCUGAGGGAGAAGGCGAUUGGGCUAAUCAAAGCCAACAGUCGCUUGGGCUGCCGCCUGCUGAGCGUAAAGUCCAAGGUUAAUUCAUUCAAUCCUUGGCGUCCAACUGCGGCCGUUAGCGAUCCACAUCGCUUCGAUGAUAUAGUGCGUAAAUAUAGCUCCUAUAUGCCGCGGCCAAUGCAGCUGGGCAGGACGCCCAAGCAUUCGGCCAAGGAGCUACUCCGUCCGAUCAUCUACUUCGAAAUGGCAGUGCGUCCGAAUCAUCCCCUGGGCCGCAUUUGCAUUCAGCUGUACACCGAGGUCAGCCCGGAGGUUGUGCUGGAGUUUGUGCGCCUGGCCACCGAGAACGAUGUCCAGGCGCACAAAUUCACGCGCAUCUUUCCGGACCUCUGGCUGGAGGGUCAGCUGAUGCCGCAAUCGAAAGAUGCGCUCAAGAACCAUCACGAUCAUCCAUCGCCGCUGGAUGCACGGCGAACGAAGGGCCUGCUCUCCUAUUCGUGGGAUCAUCGUCAGCGUUUCCCCAACGGCCUGCUGGUCUAUACGAUUAGCUUCAAGACGCUGGCGGUGAUGCCGCUGCAGCGAGUGUGCUUCGGUGUUGUUCUGAAGGGUUUGCGCCUGCUGGAGAUCUGCCGGGACUUUGGCACGCGGCGUGGCAAGCCCACCAAGGGCAUUGAGAUAGUUAAAUGUGGAUUGCUCUAGGUGGACGCCAGAGCGGGGCGUUUUCAUGUUUAUAGCAUGCUCUUCUGCGCCAAAUUCUGCUCCAAGCACAUAAAAAUUAUAAAGUAUA